AUGGCCGAGGUCACACUCGACACGGACCCCCUCCGCGCAGACCUGCAACUCCAACAGACCCUCCAGUUGACCGAGACCGACGAGCCGGAAUCGCCGGUCACGCACAGAGACGAAGGAUAUCACGAUGGCAAUGAAUCGUGGGUGGCUUCUUCAGAGUCCGGACGGUUCGACGAUGCAGAGGAAUUUUUCGAAGAACAGGAGGAUGUCAUCCGGAAACAAGACCAUCCCCAUCACCAUGUCCCUGUAGCCGAAUACUCCCCCUCGGCAAAACGACGGCGAUCGAACGACUGGCCACUCCAGGAAGACAAGAAUGAGCCUCGCCGCCGGGUGGCGGCUAACAACAACAGUACAUCCUACCGUUGGUCUCCACGGUCUGGGAGACGGGCGGCAAGUGGAAGUGCAAGUGCAGGUCGACGGUCCCGCUUCAUUGAGGCGAGCAUGAAUGACAGCGUGAGCGAGAAACCACCGAGUAUCUUCCUACGCGACGAAGCGCAGCACCAGCACCAGCAGCAACAGCGUGCAUCGGGGGUGUUUCGCUUUGGAAAGGCGCUUGUCUCGGCGUUCAACCCGUUCGGCGUGUGGAGCAAUGUCUCUGAUAUCUGGCGCGGUCCGCAUGCGAGCCCUAGUGGUGCCGGUGCUGGCAAUCCCGACACGCGGAACGCAGAUGAUACCCUCGCCCGGGCGGAGCGCGCGUACGCGGAGCUCAAGAAGGCCGGAUACAAGGGGACCAUCAAGGGGAGUUAUCUACAGGAUCACGGGACGUCGUCCGAGCAUCCCCCUCCGGCCCAGUGGUCUGCAGCUCACUCGAGGCAGAGCUCUGCCGCCACCGAAACCCAGGUUGGCGGUAGCCAUCGCCGGCACGACAGCGGGAGUAGUUCCAUCCGCUCGUCGCUGCACGAUCUACGCCGUGCCAAAUCCGCGCUGGGCACUUUGUACUCCGGGCGGGGGUCUGAGGAGUCGGACCGCACGGGUGUGCGCAAGCAGCAGUCUCGCAAGGAUCUGUUGCGCCAGGAGAAGCUGCUCAAGAAGGUGAGUAAUCUCGAGGAGAAGCUGGAGCGGGCACGACGCGAGCUGCGCGAGUUGGCCAGAGGAGAAGAUGUCGACAUGGCGGACCAGAGGGAGAUCCAAAGAGACAAUCAAAGGGGACAAACACAUACAUAUCCCCGCCGCUUUGUCCCCGGGGCACUCCCCUCUCUCCCCUCGGAGAGACUGCUCGACGCCCAAGCAGCGGACAUGGAGAUCUCCGAGCCAUCAACCCCACAGCCGAUGGCUCUCGACAGUCCAUCCCGUAAGAGGAAGUCUCCCGAGGUGUCGCGCAAAUCACCAAAACAAGCGCAACCUCAUCAUCAUAAUAAUAAGAAUAAUAACCAUACCACCCCACGAAGACAUAAGCUCCAGAAACACCGCAAGGAUGACAGCCCGGGCUCAGUCGAGCGACAGCACAACAACCCAGACCAAACCCCUAGCGACGACGAGUCUCAUGCCUCGAAAUACCUCCGUCCGCCUAGAUCGUCGUCGAGCGUCGGCCGUGCGUCGGCCUCCACUACAGCUCUCAGUCCAGGUAAUAAUGGGCCUACCCCGUGUCUACGCAUGAAGAAAGGCCGGAUGGAUCUCCGCGCGGGCAGUAAUCCGACGAGACCUCUCUACAUGCAUACCUUGUCAAGUCAUGAUCUAUCUACUACCCUGUGUCGAGACGAACAAGAACACGAGAAUCAUCAGCAUGAUGAUCAGAAUCAUUCAUUUGAGAACAAUGACGACGACGAACACGAUGAUGAUGAUGUUGAUGAUGAUGAUGAUGAUAUCCCUCCUGUCCCUCCACUUCCGAAAGAACUCGCUGGGAGAGCAUCGCCUGUUAAGAAGAAGAAGAAGAAGGGCAAGGGCUUGACAAUGACAGGACCCAAGGAUGGGAAAGAGAACAAGCAUGUAGACGAGUUUCAGUGGCCGGAUGAUAUUUUCUAG